UUCACGGUGUUCUAAAAGCUCCACAGAGAAUGACCAGAACCGCUGUCAUACCAAUUUUUGGUUUAACUGACGUCGUUAUUGUUACGGGCAGCAUUGAAUUUCGUGUCUACCUCCAGUUCAGUUGUCGGCGGGUUGCAUCCUUUGAUUUGAGGAGGAUCAUUUGAGUCGAGGAGCCGUCCUGGGCGUGUUGCUGUAAGGUUAUGCGUGGACAACAGUGCCACGAUACACUCAGACAGACAGACACAAGCUUUGAUCUGCGUGUUUUAUGUGCAUGGCCCUUGGUGUGGGAGCACCAUGAGUGGGGAGCCAGAUGCCUUGGCUGUGGUGAAUCAGCUGAGGGACUUAGCUGCUGACCCCCUCAACAGGCGAGCUAUUGUUGAAGAUCAAGGCUGUUUGCCCGGCCUCAUUCUUUUCCUUGACCACCCCAAUCCGCAAGUUGUCUACUCCGCGCUAUUGGCGGUGCGCUACCUGGCAGAAUGCCGCGCCAACAGGGAGAAGAUGAAGGGUGAGCUGGGCAUGAUGCUGAGUCUGCAGAAUGUCAUGCAGAAGGGCACGUCACCGGGCGAGACGAAGCUGCUGGCCUCGGAGAUCUACGAGAUCCUGCAGAACUCCAGCAACCCGGAGGCCGAUCGGGCAGAAGCUGCCGCCUCAUGCCGAAAAAAAGCCCAGUUCUUUAUGGGAGCCACGAACAAACGGGCCAAAACUGUGGUGCUUCAGAUCGAUGGGCUUGAUGACUCGGUGAAGAGAAGUCUCUGUGAGGAGGCUCUGCUAAAGAUCAAAGGAGUCAUCAGCUUUACCUUCCAGAUGGCUGUGAAGAGAUGUGUGGUUAGGAUCCGUUCUGACUUGAAGGCAGAGGCCUUGGGAACUGCUAUAGCUUCAACCAAUGUCAUGAAAGCACAACAGGUAUUGAAGGGGGAAGAUGGAUCUGAGAUUGUAAUACCAUUCCAAGAGGACUCGGAUGUGGUGGUCGAGCAGAACAUGAAUUUGCCGGAUUAUCUCCCUGAGGAAGAGAGCCCGUCUCAGGAGCAACAUAAAGCCGUGACGCGUUUGGGCUCCGUGCAAGACGGCGUGAGCUGGUUGGGCACGGCCGCUAACUUUCUGUCCCGCUCCUUUUACUGGUGACCCUGCAUGCACUGCCCCACCUUUACAACCUGCCUUCGAAUCGCAAGACUGCUGAGCGCACCUCGCAAUAAACUUAUAACCGUGUUACAACUAAAAAAUGCCGUGUCAGGCGGCUGUAAACAGUACGCAGUUUAACCUACUCUGAAACUCGCGUUAGUCCUGCAUACGCACCACACAAGACACUAAAUCCAAAGAGCAAUUGGGAGAAAUUCACAGAAAGCUUUAUGUGUAUCUGCUCUCUCUUUGCUCUCCACUCACCUUUUUUUGUUUGGUCGGGGUAUGGUUUCAAAACGUUUGGCCCCAGGUCUAUUGAGACUAAACCUUCAGAUCUUUGUCACAUAGUGGGACGGUUUGUAGUCCCACUAUGCGAGUCAUACAUUGAGGUUUUCUAAAUUGAUAUGAAUUUGGGUGCUUUCUGAUGUGUUCCAACCAUUCAUCUCAGCUUUCUUAUAGAUUUUAAACAUCUUCAUUUGCCAAUUAUUUGAUAAUCCUAAUAUUACGUUAACCAUCAGAACUUUUCAAAGCAUGCUGUAAUUUGUAUGCCUUUUCCCACCAUCUUUGAAUCCUUAUUACAUUUGUGUGCCUUUUACAAUGUAGCUUGUUGUGAUUCAUUCAUUUUAAAUCCUCUUUGUUUGCUUCUACUGAAGUUCUAAAGCCUUCUGAAGACAUAAUCUACUGUAUGUAGUAAUGGCUCAUUGUUACUCUUUAAAGUGAUAGUAAACCCAAUAAUUAAAAUGUUGCCCUUAUUUACUCACUCUCAAGUUGUUCCUUAGUCGUAUGACUUCCUUGUUUUUUUUUCUCUUGUUCUUCCAAGAAACAGAUGAUGAUGUUAGGCUAAAUAUGGUUUCAUUAUAUGGAAAAAGAUGUAUUGAAAGUGAAUGGUGACUGAGGAUAACAGUCCCUUACAUUCUGCUUAAUAUCUUUUUUUGUGUUACAUGGAAGUGAUACAGGUUUGGAACGACUUGAGGGUUAGUAAAUGAUGACAGAAUUGACAUUUUUGAAGGAACUAUCCUUUUAAACACCAGCAAUGGUUGCUGCGCAGUAUUGAAAAUGAACAGCAAUACCUCCGGAAAAGUGAAAGCACCUCAGAAUUUCUGUUACAAUGUGUGUAAUAUUAACCCUCUUUGUUACAGCAUGUGCCAAGCACCAGUGUACCUUCUUUACACAAACCAAGUAUGUUUGAACAUAGAUCAGAUCCUUUAUCAAAUUCUUAAACUUCAUCCAUAUGUCGUUUUCCUUUAUCAGCAAAGGCAUGUUGACUGUUUAUAAAUGACUUUUGUUUUUCUGUGUAUUCCUUACAACCAUGUUUUGUUAAGAGCUUUUCAUACACAUGUUCAUUUUAAGUGUGUGGUUCACCUGCUAGCCAAAGGCAUGAUCCAGUCAACUCUGAUUGGAUGUCUGCCUGUCAUCUUAGCAUGACCACCACCAAUCAGCACCUUUCUCUCUUCAACCGCAUCUUUUUAACUGUUAGAUAAUCAACUGACCUCACAUAUCACGUUCAGAAUGUCUGAUCAGGGAUGUGUAUGACCUCCUGCAGCUAGCUGAUGGUCCUAAUGUACAUUACUGUUUUACACUAAAUCUGGGUUUAAAGUUGUAUCACCCCAUGGUUGCAUUCAGUAUAGGGUGUUCACAAAAGGAGACGCACAUCUUCAUGAAAAAUUAAGUCUGAGACCAUGUAUGUUAUCCCUAAAUUUAAAGAGAAAUUUCAUCUUAAAAUGAAACUUUUGUCAUCAAUUAUUCACCCACAUGCUGUUCCAAACCUUCAUGACUUUCUUCUAUAGAACGUAAAAGAUGUUAGGCAGAAUGACAAUGGUGGAAAAUAUGCAUUGAAAGUGAAUGGUGACAGGUGAUUCUGUGGAAGAACUGAAGUCAUACAGGUUUUGAAAACAACAUGGUGGUGAGUAAAUGAUGACUAUUGGUGAACAAUCCCUUUAACUCCUGUUUGAUUUAACUCAUUCUUGUCAUCAGAUUUCCCCCUUAUAAUCCUGUAAACCUUCAGUGGCUUUUUGUAAAGCGUCUGUGUCCUUUUGUAUUUUUCCUCUUUUGAAAUAAGUUCAAAUUAUGUAAUUAGCGAUCUUUAAAAGACCGUAUUUUUUUUUAAAUCACAUCAUGUUCACUUUGAUCAAAACUGAGGUGUUGAGACUUUGUUAUAAAGAUCGCAUAAGUGUACAGAAUUGAAUCAUUGGUGUGCUUUUAGUUUGGUCGAAUAUGAGACAAGCCAUCAGUAUUAUAUUUAUGAACCAGAUCCAAAUAGCAUUUUUCUAGUUUCUGUAUUUUAUUUUCUCCCCUUUUUUACUGUACAAACUAUUCCUUGAAACAUUUUGAGCUAUUCACUCUUACUCAACGAAAGCAGAACCAGAGCCCAUGGUAGAUUUAGUAGCUUCUUAUGUACAGUGCAUAUUUGCUGUUAUAAAUAACAGUUUUAGGACACACGAUUCUUGGCUGUUCACAAUAAUGACAAGGAUUAUUAAAAAAAGACAGUAUAAUUUUAUUUUGUUGUGUUGUUUCAUUGGAAGUUGCUGGGUUUCACGAGCCAUGAUUAUUAUAUUUCUUCCAUUAUGUGCCAUUAUUAUAAGGGAAUAAUGUGUAAAUAUAUUCCUUUAAAAUGGGUUGCUUCCUGUUGGCUAUUAGAACUGGAACACGUUUCAGCAACCACCAAGAAGUGUUAAAGAGGCUGAUAAUAUAGGAAUAGUUUACCCAAACUCAAAAACCCAAGAAGAAAAAAGAUUUUUAAUGAAUAUCUCUGUCUGUCUUUUCAAUAGAAUUGCAAUGAUAGUGUCAUAUUCCAAGUCUUCUGAAUACAUACAGAAAGAUUGUGUUGUGAGAAACACAAAAUUUAAGGCAUUUUUCAGUGAAGAUAUUGACAUCUGUUGUGUGUUCACAAUGUCACAUGAUCACGCAAGAACACUAUAAGAAAAAAAAA